AUGACUGAACCAGAGGAAUAUAAAUGUGUAAAUUGCGGUGAAGCAGCGGCGGCAUUGUACAGGACGUACGGACCGUCAGUACUGAAGCUCACAAAAUGUGAGAAAUGCAAGGGUAUAGUGGAUAAAUACAUAGAAUAUGAUCCAGUGAUAGUAAUGAUUGAUCUAGUUUUAAUGUCCAAGGAAGCUCAAAGGCAUACACUCUAUAAUACUGAAUUUAAGGCAUUCUGGAAACUAGCCAUUGUACUGGUGAUGGUAGAAGCAUAUGGAGUGUGGAGGAGUGACAGUUUAUUUAAUAUCGGAGUCAAUUCUAUUUGUGGCAUUGAAAAUAAUUCUACUAAUUUAACUAUACCAAUCAACAUAUCACAAUCAGUCCCAGAGUCUUGGAAAAUAAACUGCUGGGCGUGGGUCCCAGUGGAGAAGGGGGAUGAGGACAAUGACCUGUUUAUAUGGGAGAAAGACUUCUACAUGCAGUUCACAUCUACACUUUGUGGUAUAAUUAUAUUUAUAGCAACAGUUCAUCUGUUGAUGACAAUGGCAACACCAUUUUCAUCACAAAAUAGAGUGCCCAUAAUGCGGAUUUUAAAAGCCUUCACAUUAGCAGACGUGAGCAUAUUGUUCACACUGCCGAUGUUAGUGUGGGGCUCCGACACUUCAGCUGACACAAGAACCUUCCAUUUUGUACUAGUCUAUGCAUACAGCUUCGUAGUAUUUCUAAAUGUAUUUAGUGUGAUAUACAAGUGCCCGGUAGUAAUAACGAUAUUAAUUCUAAUAAUAAGUAAUAUCACAAAAUGUGUAACAAGUUUCCAUGCGACAGUCUUCUUGAAAAGAAUAUUUGGAUAUUGA